AUGCCUUCUCUGUCCCGUUUAUCCUCUCUUGCCGAGAACAUAAAGGACUUGUAUGACUUGUACGGGAAUGCAGGUAAGAGAUUCAAGGCGAUAAAUAACUCGAUGGAUUUUUCGAUGAAAAAAACGCUCUCCUUAUUAACCUGGUUUGUUCUUGCUUCCUGUGUGGUUAUUUUCCCGAUCCGCUGCGAUUUAAGCCAUGGAUACUCGGGGGGAAAGGAAAUCGCUUGCAACAGCUAAGAAAGUAUGUUUUACAUUUCCGUAGACAUAUAUUAAAAAGUAUUUUACAGAGUAAUUAAGAGACUGUUUUGAGUUUAUUGGUAUGGCUGGUGACUGCAGAGCAGGUUAUAGACCGCGAGCGGUCGUCUUUCUUCGAGUCAGAGUCACGCGUGGCGUGUAAAAAAGUAAAAUUAUGCACUAACCGCUCUCCCCUCACGCGUGCCCUCUAUCUACUGAGUCUCCAAGAGAAAUACGAGACUGCUCGCAGUCUAAGCAGGUUAAAGACCCGUGGGAGGGGGGUACUCAACAAAUGUUUAUACUGGGAAGCUCCGCCCCGAGGUCCAACCCCUUACCCUUUUUUUAUACCAUUUUUCACGAAAAAGGUACCCCUUUCGUAUAACUUCUAUUGACAAAUGGUACCCCUUUCACAUACCUUGUUUAGAAAUUUGCAUCCCUUUUAACUGCUGUAAAUGCACUGUCUUUUAAAUAGGAAUCAGUCACAAAAAUAGAACGUUUUCUCGUCUUUAUACGGCCAUAAAAUUCACCUGUUAGUUCUUUUCGGCCCUUUCACGGACCCAAAUGACAGAUUUCCCUACCCUUUUAUAUACUUCAACUAGUGAAAUCCCGACCCUUUGAUAUACCUAAAGCCUGCAAAAGAUAUCCCUUUUGGGCGAAGCCUCCCCGGAUAGUCCAUCAUAGGGAGUCCUCCCUCCUCCGCCCGGGGUUAAAGACGAAACUGGAGUCCAUUACAUGUUUAUCUAAGAGAUUGUUCUCGCUGCGACCACAAAAGUUCGCUUGAGCGUUUUCCACCUGAUCGCUGAGGUCCUUACCCACUAGGUUGCUGAGGAAUCGAGAAUUUAAAAGUGUGAAAAUCUGGCCACAACUGAUUACAAAUCACGUAAACGCAGAACAUCACACUAAUGCCCUAUGAGGACUCAUAGAUAACGAAUAGAAAAUAUAGACAUUAAACAAAAAAUUUGUGAUCUUAAGGACCUUGCCAGUGGCCUGUGAACGCGCAUCUGGCACAUUUCAAAAUAUAAUUAAGCCCUUAGAGCUACUGCAUUAUCCUUUACUUAUACUUAUUCUUGUUUGAUUUAUUGAUUACGAUCAAACAAUGAAACAGACAACAAAACCCCUUAGAUUUGGCCUAAUUUACUUAAUAUAGCAAACGAUGAUGCUCUGCUUUCCUUUGCUAUGACGACGCGUGAGGUUGUGUCUAUGUUGGGGUUCAAUUCUAUCCCUGAUUUAAAUUUCAUUUUCUUUUGCUUCAAACUCAUUAUCAUACAUUACCAUACCCAAAAACAAAAGAAAAUAAAGUUUAAGACAAGGAUAAAAUUGAACUACAACAUAUUCUUCGUGAUUCAUCUUAUGAGUUUUCACGUACGCAUCACCUGUUAGACGACGCCACCACCGUUAUGGCAGCGCGUGCAGAUCUAGAAACUGACUAGACUAAUGGCAAAGCGGCAAACUGAGCACCGAAGCCGCAUUCAGUUCCUUUUUGGGCACUCUGGGGCUCUCAUUUGACAUUGCGUUCACGUUGUUAAAUCUGACCAAAUGCAGAACCUUCGUUUCUGUUGGUCACGUUGUCAAACAAUAAAUAAAUAGGAGAAAAGCAUCUUGACAACGACUGAUCAUCGUAAAAGCGAAGUUAACAACGAGUAGUUUUAAUUAUUAAUUCCGAUUCAGCAUCAGUUUCGACAAUUAAUUAAAACGCAAAAGAAAAUGAAUUCCCACCUGACAACAUUAUUCAUUCAUUUGGCUUUGGUAACUUGAAUCGUUUCACAAAAGUUUAAAAAGAUAUGUUUACAAUAAUAACACUAAAAAACUGAUACCGUUGUGAUUCUGAAUAUAUCAAAAGCCAUAUCUGACAAACUCAAUUACGAAAUGAUGACAGUUGAUUCUUGUCUUUUGGGGGGGAAGGAACACAUGACAUGACUAAAAAUAUAACUAUAAAUUCGGUAAGACUCUGCUGGAAGUGAAAACCAGCGCAGAAGGAAAAAAGAACUUGUCUUGAAGCCUUGGUCGAGAAUAUUUAAGAUCUCGUUUAAUUGAAGACUGUGGUAUUUAUACGGAGUCUUAUCUUUCCAUCAUUUUUCAUAUAAAUAAUUUAUGGUUUAGUUUUGCACCCUUCUAUACUACAUACAGGACACUACUUGACAUCAAGGUGAGUUAAUAGUGCAUGUUUAACAUAUAUAAAUAAUUGAUAGCUAAAGAAAUAGUGGAAUGAACUUUUUGACAAGGUUAAUUUACAACUAGUAGCUAGAAGGGGGAAUAAAAGGGAACACUUUUAAAGGAAAUUUAAAGAGCAAGGUUUUGAUCUUUCGGAAUGUGCCCUCGCUGUUGCUUGAAGGUGAUUCUUUACCAAAAGGAGUCUUGAAUUUUUUCAACCUCAGAUUUAUUCGUAAAAUCUCAUGUUAAUUUGCAGGUUCUCGCCUUAAUAUUAGCCUUCUUUGCAAAGUCCAGUGCAGGUAUUUUUUUAUAUACAAUUAUCUACUUAUGUUUAACUAUGUACAUAUAUAUUUUUUAAAAUCAAUAUCAUUGGGAAAGGAAUUUCAGAUUGGUUAGUUAAAAAAUUAAAGCCUUGGUUGUUUGCAUUAGAGCUGACAAAAAGACAAAUUUAGAACUGUUUGCUGGAAUCAUUUAAGCUUGAUAACUCCUUUCAGCUUUCAUCUCUGUUGAACUUUGUCGUGAAUCAAAUCACUAUGCAGAGAUUAUAAAAGAAAGCUUUCCUGAACUCGCAGGCGCUUUCUUUUUUUUUUUUCAUAUACAGAAGUUAAUGAAGUUUUUGUAGUAGGGUUUGGUCUUGAUGUGUUUUACUGACCCUGAAAAUGAUAUCUGCGUCCCCUUAAAAGAGGUCUUCGCCAAUGGAAGAAUAAAACUGCAGAGGUUCUGCUGUGUAAUUUUCUAGGCAACGGCUUAGUUUCUUUGUAUUAUUAAUAAUACCAUUUCUAUUACUAUUAUUAUAAGAAGAGAAUGAUUCAUGAUAUCACUGAGUGAAUACGUCGGUCCAUGAGUUUAAAAGACAUCAAUGGCGCGGUCAUGGUCAUUAACUCGGCGGAUUUAAAUGCUCUUGAAAAGCGUCGACAAAUUCUCACUUCUUAGGUUUUAUCUUUUUGCAAUUAUUAAAAUAUGGCAUAAUUUCUAGGAUAUACCAGUGAGUAUACCUUCUAUCAUGGACUUGCCAGAUGCAAAAUCUGUUCCUAAAGGUCACAUUUUUCUCCAAAAUAUGACCCUUAAAAAAUAUGCUACCAAGAAAUAAAUUGAACGAUAACGUACAUUUCUCUCAAAUCACAUCUUCUAACAGAUGGUCCCCCUGUUCCUGCUGCUUUGUUUCCUCUAAAUGGUCUACAUGGGACACGUGACAUCAGUGCAAACAAAAACCCACCUGGAAUAGCACACGAUGUACACCUCGCCCCAGGCCCUUAUGGACAUCCUCAAGGCUCGUACCAGUUCUAUGGUAGCUCCACAAGUUACAUUGAGUUUCCAAACAACGAAGGUCUGGACGUAAGAUAUUCAAUAACAGUCCUGGCUAUGGUAAAGAGGGAAAAUGAUAGGGGUCCAAUCUUUCAUUACGCAAGGGCUUCUGGAACCCAUGGAUUUCGGUUUUGGAUCGUAGAGUACUAUGAUAGUGGUAGUGUCUAUGCUAAUAGUCCGAGCUGGACCACAAAACCCCACACGCACAUAGACUCAAACAAAUGGUAUUACGUUGGUAUCUCUUAUGAUUAUUAUUCCGGCGUCGCAAAGAUAUGGGUUAAUGGAACGGCAACGUCCGAGGUGAGAAAAUGGCGACAACGUGUUUCAUAUUUACACCCAAAAGCAAGAUUUAGGUAUAAAUCAGUGAGCGUAGUGUUAUUGUUAGGUACUGUAGAUAGUUAAAUCCAGAGAGAGCAACUUACAAAUAAAGAAUAAAUAAAUGUGCCACACACAUUUUUCAGCUUUGUUCGAUCAAAGAUAAAAUUUCUUAAAGAUGUGCUGUAUCAGACUGUGCAUUAAUGUUACCCCAAAAAAGUAGAGACAAAUUAGUCGGGAUAAUUAUAAUUAGCCUAUUAAGUAAAAGACAGAGAAAUGAAGAAAAUGACAGCACCUUAAUUUGUCUUACGUUUUUUGUUUCCGCACUGAAAUUGUCAAGAGGCAAGAAAAGAACUUAGGUAGUGUUUUUAAAAAAAUAAAUACUUAAUAAAUAUCAAACUUUUCUUCUAAUUUACUGUGAUAUUACAAAGGGUUUUUCUGUACAAAGCAACAUCUCUUACAGAUUUAAUACGUUACACCAUUAGGUAAAUGCUGGCAUAUUUGAGCUGAAUACUCACUAUGAUGUGAAAAUGGGAGCAAUGGAUGGUUUAAGCAAGUACUUCAAAGGACACAUUUGUUGUCUUCAGGUGUACAACAAGGCACUCAGCGAACAAGAAAUAAUUGCAGUCUGGAACAGGACCUUCUGGUUAUCAGGUAGUUCAAGUGCCUCUCCCUUUUUGUCCUUAUCAUCGUCAUUGGCAUCAACAUCUUCAUUCUCAUAAUAUCUUAAUCAGUGUAAAUUUAGGCUAAGGCUAAGGGCGUAGCCCCGUUAAAAAAUAGACAUACACUUAAAGUUGAGACUGCGAUCAAUCAAAAACUAGUAACUUGUCAACGGAGACCUUCAAAAGAACACGUAACCUUGAUGGGUCGACUCCUAUGCCCACAAUACGUUCAUGUGAUACUGGUCAGCAAAUACCCUGUUUUGACAGCUAUCAAUUGACUACAACGUGAAUGUUCAAAAUUAGGUAGCAGGCUCGCGUCAUUUUAGAGGCAAAGGUAAAGGUAAAGGUCGUUAUAAUUAUUUCACGUCGAUAACUAGUAACAGUACUUUUAGUAACUGAAAAACCUGAGGCCGACGGUGGGCUCAAUUUACACCCCGCCGCUCCCCCCCGCUCUCUCUUUAUCAGUGCUCCGUUUGACGGGUAUUUGAUUAGCAAUUAAUGAAUGGGGCUGAGUAUGAUAUGAAGAAUUAAGCAGAUCGAGAAGGGUGUUAAAACAUGCUUACCUGCAUCGAUGUUAAGUUCAUUUCGAUAUUGUACGUUUAGGUUUGUCCAGCUCGCAAAUAUUGUCCAAUUAGCAGAUGUCGCCCUCCAAGUUGUCUUCUUGCUGUUUUUGCCAUGUUUUUAGCUCUAACUUUGCCUAGUUCCAGCUGUAGUUUUUACUCUUGAAACGAGUGAAAUGUUCGCCUUUUUUUGUCACAACCAAAUCAACUGGCUACAUUUUUUACGUCAUUUCCUCGUUAAACACAAAAUUCUUCCAAAUUUGGUCAUCAGUAAUUGGUUGUGGUGAAUUAUCCGUUUGUUUUUAGCCAAUAAGAAUGUUGGAGAAAUAUUUUGAAUCAAUAAUAAGGCUACUUAAAGCUACACGGAAAGGAAAAAAAUCGAAACAAGGAUUUGAGAACACACCUGGGAAUAGAACUAGAAAGCUCCCAAACAGAAGGCGGCGAAAUUAAUACACUCAAUUCCUGGGGUGCUUAAAUAGGGGUGUUUUUUAGCACCCCAGGAUUCCAUGAGCGCCUAUUUCGACGUGGACAACGCGCGGUUUGUUUUGUUUUGUUUUAGUUUUUAUUUUGACUGUCAGAGUUUGGAAAAUUACCACGAAUGUAACCAUGAAUAAUAAAUGCCGAUGAAAAAAUUAGUUUUCCAGUUUUGAUAGCGGCCACCAAAACUCAGAUACGAUUAGAUACGUUUUGAAAGUGGAACAGUUCCAUGAUUUUUGAGGGACCUAAAGUAGCUUGGAGCAAUUAAAGUUUUAAGACUUCAGCAACGCUUUUCAAGUGUUUCAAAUUGUUCCUCUUUGAUGAUUCACUUCUGUACUCAGUCCGCCUGGCAAUGUUUCAAAUUUUUAUUCUUCUAUUUUUCUCUUCAAAGGCAAGAACAGGUAAUGUUGUAAUAAACAUCAUAAGAUCCGGUUACAAGGAGAUUCAGCGUUCAUAUCGCUGAGAAAAUUUCCCUUCAAAAUUUCUUACUAAUUUCUGUUUGAUUAUGGUAAUUAUGGUCAAUGUUGACCCAAAUAACUACUCUUUUUUUUAUAAAUGUUGUUUUUCUGGCCCAGGCUGAAUAUUCGUAUUUUUCUGCCGAUUUAAGGCUGAAAAUAUUCUUGUAAGAGCGUACGGGCCAAUUUCAGUUUUACCUGUUGUUAGUGAAGUGAUUGAGAGAGUUGUAUUCAAGCAUCUCUGUGGGUAUCUAAACGAACAACCUUUUAACGGAAUAACACGAUCAGAGUUAAGGCCAAUAUUUUUCACAGAAACUACUAUAUUAGAGGAAACAAAUGAGUCGAUUGAGACCCUCAAUGGUCUUAACGUUAGCAUGGCUUAAAUCAUGUCUUACUAAGAGAAAAAGAAAACUUUAGUUGAUGGUGAACUUGCUGAUUUAUAUAAGUUAACGAGCGGAAUUCCUCAAGGUUUUAUUCUUGGUCCACUGUUGUUUGUUUUACACAUGAAAGGCCUCCCCUUAUGUCAACUGUACUCAAGGCCCAGAAUGUAUGCGGACGACACCACCUUAAAGUUCGUAGCCGAAGAUGCUGAUAUUUUAUAAGUCAAAAUGAAUUGUGAUCUAAAAAAUGAGACAUGGCUUAAGGUAAAUAAGCUUACUCUCCUACUACAUGUUGAUAGGGAGUUGCCCCAGACUUGAACUACUGUCAGAUAAUUUCACGGUUAAGGAAAUAUUUUUUCGAGCAGAUAGCCUCCCUGUUCCUGUUGCCUUGUAUCCACUCAAUGGUCGAUACGGUACAAAGGAUAUCAGUCUUAACAAAAACCCACCGGGAAUCCCAAGCGGCGUACACCUGGCAUCAGGUCCUGACGGGGAUCCACAAGGUUCUUACCAGUUCUCUGGUAUCUCUACUAGUCACAUAGAGAUUCCCAACAACGGAGGCCUGGACAUAAGCUAUUCAAUAACUGUUCUUCUGUGGGUGAACCGACAAAAUAAUGAAGGGCCAAUGUUUGUCUACGGGCGAAAUGGAUUUCGGUUUUGGAUAGUAGGGAGUAGUGUUUAUGCUAAUGACCAAAGUUGGAGUGUCCAGCCUCGCUCAUCACCAAUUGCUUCAAAUGUCUGGUACUACGUUGGUAUCACUUACAAUUAUUCAUCUGGCAUCGCAAAGGUCUGGGUAAACGGAGAGGCUGAUGAUACCGUAAGUACACCUGUCACCAUGGUAAUCAACUUCGUAAAACAAUUGAAUAUUGAAUAUCAAUUUUUCUAAGUCUGUUAAUAGCAACUUACAUUGUCAAUUUUUUCUUUUGAUAGCUGCUCUGUAUUUUUCCUGUUGGAAAAAGUAUACAAGUGUGUCCAUGAAAUUAGGUGAUUACGAUUGGUUAGCAAUGACCAUGCACAGACUCAGCUCCACCUCACCCUUAUCCUACCACAAAAAAGAUUUACAUCACACUAACAUUAGGGCUAUAUGAGGUUGCAGCGACGGAAGAAUUCAAGGUUUUGUGGACAAAGCCUUGAAAAAAAUCCCGUUUUAGCUUUCUUCUUACAAAAUUUUCUUAAGCGGUCAGCUCUAGUCUAUCAGCAGCUUCGCACUUGGAGAGGAGGCUUGGAGCGACUCAAAAAUGGCCAAUUGACACCAUGGAAAACUGAUUUAAUCGAGAUGUAUCUGCAGCAACUUUUAAAGCAUUUUUAAAAAAAGGCGUUGCCGUCUCAUUUCAGUGGAAAGCCUGCAGUUUUUAUGAACAACAUUUUCUUUUUUGUCAGGAAACUGUGGGCAGUAAUAGGCUGUAUGAGUCGCAUUCUAAUAUGCGAAUGGCAGCCAAGGAUGAUGGCGAUACAAGGUACUUGAAAGGCCGCAUCUGUUGUCUUCAAGUGUACAACAAAUCUCUUACCAAACUUGAAAUCAUCGCAGUACAGAACAGAACCUUUCAAGAGGAAGGUAGGUCCCGUUAUAGAUCUUUUAGACUUAGACUUAGUAUUGGUGUUCACAAAGAACAGGGAGGGGCACCCAACGACUGUUUUCUGCAAAACAACUGUUCAGAGAAACAAAUAUUGCCUAGAAUUUUAUAUUACUUGAAGACGGCUAAACAUUUCUAGAUGACCGUUCCAUUCACUUACAAUUUUUCCAAGUUUAUCUUAUAAAUUCCCUACGAUUUUCUGAAGUUUAAUUUUCACGUUUUAUUUCCUAAGUUAGUGUGAUGGCGAGAAGAAUAAGAAAAUGUCUCAUUUUCGUAAAACGUCAAAUUUCAUCUAUAAUUUUCGGAAAAAUAAUACUCAAGCCCUUGUAAUUUCGAAAAGACUCAAGUUCCCCUAGGAUGACCGAACAGAUACAAAUUUUCUUGCGCCUCUUAGAAUGCAUUUAUAGAUGUCUAAAAGUGCUCUGGAUAGUCUAAAAAGUGUUUUUAAUGUAUUUAAGAGGAAACCAUCGUUGAGAGCCCCUGAAAGAACUGGAGUCUAUCGAGAGAUAGAGAGAGUAGAGAGAGGAAAUCGUUUCUUGGAUUUCAAGCUUCCUCCCCCCACCCCCCACCAUUUACUUUUUUGAAGGGAGACGGGGGGGAGGGUAGAAUUCGAAAACAUUUUCAAGCAAGGGGUAUGACACAAAAUAUUUGUGAGUGUGAAAAAUCUAAAGGUGCACUUAGGGGAUGGGAGAUUAAAUAGAGACUAUCGCUUCAUUAAUUUUUGGUAGCUUAAACCGGAUAGUGUGUGUGUGUGUGGGAGGGGGGGGAGAGCUUACUAGAAGGGGAACAGUGGUGACGUACAACGAGACUGUCAGACUUUGUUUCUUCCAAAGCAGAGCCUCCAUAUUUUGAGUAACUGACUAAAAUGUUUAGCUUCCCUAAUAAUUGCGGAGAACAAUGUGAUGCGAAGUUCAUUUAUCCACAUUUUUUCAGUUGCAGACGCCGCUGAAACCUCUGUCUUUACUCUUUUCCUAUUAAUUCUUCCUGCUCAACAACAACCAGAUGCUGACAUUCUUACCACUGUCACAGCCUCUACAGUCAUGGAGUGUUUACUACGCUGUGCUCAAACAACCAAGUGCGAGUCCGCGAGUAUUGAAGUAAUGAACGGAAAUAGUCGAUCAUCUACCCGAAGUUAUUGCUUCCUAUAUCGUUCACCAUUCAAGAAGAGUUUUAAAACUGCCAACGGAAACCAUUUUCAGGGAAAAAAGUCUUAUAACAAGAAGAUGCUGGCUCGCUAAAGGAACUGUUUUUAAACUCACAUAAUUUUAACUUACUGCGCUUACGAUACUGCGCUCUGUGAUACGCCCCCUCUUUUUAAAGGCCCUAAAUUUCAUAUUUAAAAUUCACUAACUUUUCUCAAAUACCCGUCCCCGUCCCCUCAAAAAACAUAAUUUGAUUUGCUACUCUAAUCAGUCACUGAAAUAGCGCAAACAAAUUUUUUUGAAAAGAACUGCAUUUUAAAAUGAUUGCCGUAAAAUUCCGAAAAUAAGCCCCGGGGCUUAUAUUUUUCAAAGGCCUUUUUUGAGGAGCUUAUCUACGGAGCGAAAUUUGCGUUUCAAAAUCGAUUGGGCUAGCCUUAUAGUUGGAAGUAAGAUGACGUUUUUGCUUUGUUUUACUUUGUAUUUGAAAGCAAUUUUCCAAGUACAAGCCCCGGCGGGGGGAUUAUUUGUGGACCAGUUUGGGGGGAUUAUAUUUGGAGGGGCUUAUUUUCGGAAUUUUACGGUAUCUGAAGAGUGCAAAAUCUCAAAGCUUCGGUGGAAGAUAUUGUGGCUACCCUAUACAGCAGUUUUAUUAUCAUUUACUGAGUUUUUCAGUGAUAUUCCCUGCUUAGUCUUGGUAUCGGUAUACUACAUCUAUCCGCUCCCAACCAACCUGAUCAGUAAAUUUAAAAGUUUGCUGAUAUGCUGUAGCAGAGUACAUCUCAAAACACGUUCAGGACAAGCUCCAAUAUUCCAUUUUCAAUAUUCGUCAGAGAAAGACAGCAUAUACCGGAUAACUUUUACGCCGGCACGAAAACCAUACUGGAUAGGGCAUCUGUUCACACAUAGGAACGGUGAUUUUGGCGAGAUUUCUGUAACGGAGCGAAUCUUCACCACGCAAAUCUCGAAAGUGAAGCGUCACAUAUCGGAUAGGUUCUGUACAACACUUUAGUGCAGUGUGAAUAGGUAUUUGAGCCGUAGCUGAAGUGAAUAAGUAUCAGGGGUGAGGACUGGAAUUUAGUUCACCAAACCCUCUCGGCCAACCGCCCCUUCACGACGUUCGAUGUGUGUAAACGCUGGACUUGUUCCAGGUAGUCUAGCUUUUCGUUUUUGAACAGCAAUGGCACAGCUACCCAGUAUAGUGUGAAUAUAGCCUAAACAUUGGUUCUUUCAAAGACCAAAUACUGCAUUAGUAAAGCUUUUUAAAAUGCUUGCUGUGAUUUGACGUGAAACUGCUUGUAGACCCACAACUUGUUUCACUUGUCUUGUUUCUAGAUAAACCUGAGACGCUUGAUAUAAAACAAAUAUUGAUCAGCGACCGACAUGAAAAUGCAACGUAAGGAAAAAUCUUCAGGUGUAAUUUGAACGAAAAAGGCUUUAAAAGUUCCCACAUUUUUCAUGGCUAGUAACGUAUCUUUUGACUAAAACGAUUGGAGAAAAGGUAGAUUGUGAAAUCUAAUAAAGGUUGACCUUCGGCCUCAUGGGCCAUUGACUCAGAUUCCAUUCGGGCUCGAGGAAUAAUUGUUAAAUAUAAGCUAUAUAGAUAUGUGCCCGGCUGCCCCAUCGGGUAGGGUCUUUGCGCCGUUUGAGUCUGAAAACGGGUAUACACUUUGCCCAUUUUGGUCUGGAAUCGAGUAUGGCUUUCGAGAGAACUACGGGAGCGUAUGAACGUAUUUAUCGUUUCAAUUCCAAAUGAAUAAGAAAGAAAGAGAAAUAUGCGAAUUCGAAAUGGAUUUGAAGAGUUUUUUUGUUUGCGCUCUAAUCUAAGUAAUGAUAUCAUACUGUUCUUGCCCAAAGGCUAGCUCUGAAAACGGGUAUGGAUUUUAGAGGUCUGGUCUGAAAACAGGUGUGGAAAACUACAUUCUUUGCUUUGAAAUAAGGUCAGGAUUUGGAGAACCGAGCGGCACACCCCCACCAAGAAUUCCCAGGAGUACCCCUCCCCGGGCUUAUCGUAUCAUCACUACUGUCACUGGACAUUUUUGAAGCGAUCGCAGUGCAUGGUCGCUGUCAUGGAAACCAUUUUUACUAGUCUGCUAGUUUCAGACAAGCUUAUUAGCUUUUUUAAACAAAGAAUUAAAAAUUAGUAGGUCCUACUUGCUUUUCCGAAGGCUUUUUUAGUUGCAUUAAUUAAUCCCAUUGCGCGCAUUCGUUUUGAAUUCUUUUCAGCAGAUUGUUCCUUGGCAAACUGGAAAGUACAUACACGACAACGUUUUAGAUAGGUCUUGCUUCCAGUCAACGUGUGCAUAUACAUGUACAUUAUUUAACAGCCAAUCAGAUUACGAGAUUUUUGCAGCCAAAAUAAAGAGUUUUUAUCACACUUCAGGGGCGGAUCCAGGAUUUUCUUUAGGAGGGGGUGCACUCGUCUCUUCCAAUAAAUCACAUACUUUUUUUUGCAGAAUACCAGUUGUAUUAAAAAACCGCAGGUCAUCUCAGGGGGGGGGUGCGCACCUCCUGCACCCUCCCCCUAGAUCCGCCCCUUUCACUUGAGGUGGAUUUACACUGCCACGUAAUUUUUACGUGUACGCAUGUAAGUUGUACGCGACAUUGUACAAUGUUGCACUUCUGAGUGGUGAUGUUGCAACUGAUCGCAAGCCACUUGCAGGAAUACAAGGUUACCUUUAAUAAUUCAGCAUGCAUGCUUAAUAUUCCUUUUAAAACCGAUCCAAACAGUUAAUAACAACCAAUCAAAAAAUCGUUUUAAAUGUACAACAAUUUCACUCCCUGUCGGGUACCUUCUUUAUAAUGUGGAUAAGACAAUGACAAAGAAAAUAAAUUAACAUAUGUACUGAAUAUCAAAAUAACUUUUGAAAUACUUUCUAAACCUUUCCGUCGUGCGAGGUGUUAAGUUUGAAAAGUUGGCGGUUACGUAACAAAUUCACCUCGAUAAAACAUGUUGCACUUUUGUGCUGUGAAGUACUCUGUUCGGUUCUUGGAGGUAGGUAUCUCACCUUUCCCUCGACUUUCAAAUUCUUGUUGGUACGGGUAAUCUAGAGUUUUCUCCUUCGUACCUUUUCAGGUAUUAUUGCUGGCACUGCAGCCUAUGACAGGUAAUAUAUUAUGAGCAGAAGAGACAGCGAGCGGAGAGGCGUUUGAACAAUUCAAACUCAUCUUUGGUCCGACACAAAUACUCUGAGAAAAGAGUCACUUAAUUCAAUGAGAACCAAGUGUCGCUUUUAUUGGUGCACAUUGCACCAGAGUUAAAAGCACUUUAGAAAUACUUUCAAUUUGGCCCUAAACGAGUCUCUUAAAAACGGUGCUCAAUCGCAUAAGAAGGUAAUCCUUUAACGGGCUUAAUGUAGUAGAUUGGCAGCUUAGUAAAGGGCUUAACGUCCUUAUAAAUGUUUCACUAGAGUAAUAGCUUGCUGAUUGCCUUGCGACCCUGCUAUCAGUCUAAACGAAAUAAUCUCUUUUACACUUCGGUUCAGUUGUUUUGCUGUUAAGCAAAGGCUUUUUUGAGUGACAAACGUCAAUCGGAAGAGAGGCCGUUUACCCUUCAAUAUAUCUUGACGCUGCCAAUUUGUAAUGAUUAGUGUCUUUGCUGUUUUUAGAACGACUUUCCCAAAAACUUAGGCCAAACCACUGCCAAAGUUUGCCAUGCGUUGCCCAAGCUUAAACUAUCUUGUUAACCCCAUACACAUCAUUUUUGGUAACUAAAAUAGAAUAUUCAUUUGUAGUGUCGGAAGGACGUCUGAAUUAAGUCUUGUGCUCAUUAAAAGAAGGCGGUUUCUCAUCCUUUCACCGCUGUUUAUAAAAAUUUUUUACGAAAGAAAGAUUACCACUAACAACAGGAAAAAAAGCGGUAGACAUAGCCGUGGCCCAAUUUUGGCAGGAAAGAGUAAUUUAGGAGUUUUAUCCGCUUUUGAUGUUCUGGGUAAUAACAGAACUUAAAGGUUGCUUAAAUUGGAUAAUUUCUCGCAAAAGAUGGCUUGGUCAAAAAGCGAGAUUGAGGGAGAGGGAAAAAACAUCAAAUGAAGAGUUCCAGUGAAACUUGUGCAUAAUUAAUAUCCGAAGGUAACUUACAAUUUUCUUACAAUUUUCAAAACAAAACAUUAGGUAACCAAAAAAAAAAACAGAACUAUCUUCAAUUAUAGAUUACCUUCAGUACCCGCAAUGUGUGUGUUUUCGUAUCCCAGCAGUGUUUAAUUUGUGGAGCGAAUAGACCCUUGAUUAGAUCGCGAGUGUCACUGUUAUGUGUUCUCUGAACAGAUGGUCUCCCUGUUCCUGCUGCUUUGUAUCCACUCAAUGGUCUACACGGAACACGUGACAUCAGUGCAAACAAAAACUCACCGGGAAUACCAAGCGGUGUCCACCUCGCACCGGGCCCCUAUGGAAACCCCCAAGGCUCAUAUCAGUUCUCUGGUAGCUCUACCAGUUACAUCGAGAUACCCAACAACGGAGGCCUGGACACAAGAUAUUCUAUAACAAUUCUCGCCUGGGUGAAUCGUGAAAACAAUCAGGGUCCUAUCUUUAAUUAUAAUACACAACGUCCAAUAGAAUUCCACUUUUGGAUCUGGAUGGGUUCAGGAAACGCCUAUGCUUCUAAUCCCCAUUGGAUCUCUACUACUCACUCACCAAUGGCUCCAUAUACAUGGUACUACAUUGGUAUUACUUACGAUUAUUCGUCAGGGAUCGCACAAGUGUGGUUAAAUGGAGAAGCCAAGUCUAAGGUGAUAAGCAAAAAGAUCUAAAAGAAUACUGGGUCUGUUUACUUCAUCAUUACAGACCACGGGCAUCACUCUAGAGAACAGCUUUUUAUGAAUGUUCAUAUGUAAGCAAACAAUUUUUCUUAAAUACAAAUAAGCAAAAUCGGGCAGAGACCUUGAGAACGUCACAUGACCUGACUUGGGAAGCAAACAAACCAGCUGAGGUUUAUUCCCCACCCGUAUGAAUCCACUUUAAUUGAAAAUAUUUUAUUCUCAAGAUUCACCUUCAUUUGUCACGUAUUUGAGCAAAACGUCCACAGAUAAUGCACCCUGCGCCGAAGCAGAGCCGGGUAUGAAUCUGUUGGCAAAGGGAAAAGACCUCAAUAUAGCAACGGCAUUUCCAUGAACCAAGUAGUAAACAACAUCGUUCAUAGGAAACGAAAACUACCGGGAAACGGUAAUUGUGUUUCCACUUUCGUUAAAUUAAUAUCGUUCCUAGGAAACGAAAACUACCGGGAAACCGGUAAUUGUGUUCCCACCAUUGUUAAAUUAAUAUAGUUUCUUCUUCUUCUUUUUCUUCAGUCUUAUAACCUAAAAGCCAAUUUUUCUCCUGAGAAGGGUAUGCUUCUGGACCCCCUAGUUUGCUCACGCUUUCGCGUUCGGUCGAAACUUAAACUGAAAAAACAGGUUGCAGUAAAUUUACUACCAAAAUUCUACUUUUUCUAUUCACCGAUAACCUCCCACACUAGUAAAAAACAGCAAAUAUAAGCAGACCCAAUGAGGAGACGACGUGCAAACGUUUUGGAAUGUUUUUGUACCUCGAAAUUUAUUUUUUUUGUUAAUGCCACUGGGUCAGUCUUCAAAGAAUACUUUUUAACUAUACCACUUAUACCUUUGAACUUGCCGGUGGACCUGCACCGUUCUAAACCUCUUAUUUCAUUGGUCUCCUUUGCUUUAAUCUGCACUUUCAUUGUUUUCAGGGAUAGGGGCAUUGUUAUGUCACAAUCCCUAUUUUUUUCCCAGCCAAUCACAAACAAUCUUUCAAAUAGGCGCAGAUACUUGCUAUCUAACAGAGAUUGAUACGAAAGGGGUUUAGUGGAGAAUUGAGGCUUGACGAAAACAGGUUCAAGCCUACAUAAAAAAGCGAUUUAGUAUUACUAAAAUUUAAAAAGUCGUUCUUUCUUUAGAGGAACACGUCAAUUAAUUAUUACUUUCCAAUUUUAGGUUACUGUUAGUGACCCUGGUUCUUUUGAGAUUACAACUCGAUCGGACGUUCGAAUGGGAGCGUUGCAAAACGACCAUAGGUACUUCAAAGGUCGCGUCUGUUGUCUUCAGGUGUACAACACAGCACUUAAUGAACAAGAAAUCAUUGCAAUGCAAAACAGGACUUUUUGGUUUUGGCAUCGAGGUAAGCACAAGAUGAUUUGGAUUAUCUUCAUAACAUCAUCAUCCGCGCCCAGUGGGGCAAAGGGCGCGAAAAAAAGUCCUCUUUUAGAACUCUCCUCAUUCAUACUUCGAAUCAUUUUGUUUUCAAUUACUAACUGAAACAAUUGUUUUUUUUUUUUCUAUUAACAGAUCAAUCGAUCUUUGGAAAUGUCCAAUCAGUCGUCGGUGCCAGAGAAAGCAACCUGGUUAAAACAUACAAAGCCUCUACAGUAGUGCAAUGUUUAUUACGCUGUUCACGCAUCACUGAGUGUAAAUCCGCCGCCAUUGAAGAGAUUAGCAACAGUCGAUCAUCUACAGGCUACUGCCAGCUUUACCGAGCACUAUUUAAAACGAGUAUAGGAGAUGGCGUCUAUUUUCAAAACAAACAGUAUUAUAACAUAAAGAAGAAGGUUGUCUAA